AUGUGUGGUAGGUUCGUAACGAUCUACCGCGGCCCCAGCCACACGUACAAGGUCCAGCGGCUGACCGAGUCCAGCGCCCACAGCUUUAGAAUACAGGCGGUGAGCGACGCCGGAGAGGGACCCUUCUCCGACACGCACACUUUCUGCACCACCAAGUCUGUGCCCCCCGCCCUCAAAGCGCCCAAAGUGCACCAGCUGGAGGGCAACACGUGUGAGGUCACAUGGGAGACUGUGGCACCAAUGAGAGGAGACCCCCUGAGCUACGUGCUGCAGGUGCUGGUGGGCCGCGAGUCCGAAUACAAACAGGUGUUCAAGGGAGAAGAAGGCUCGUUCCAGAUCUCCGGGCUCCAGCCCAACACAGACUACCGCUUCCGGGUGGGCGCGUGCCGUCGCUGCCAAGACACGUCCCAGGAGCUGUGCGGGCCCCUCAGCCCCUCGUCCCUGUUCAGCGUGCGGCGCCAGGACAACCCGGCGUCGGGCGAGCUGUGUCCCGCGGAGACGGCCAAGGGGGCGGGGCUCAUCUCCAGCGACGAGCGUUUCGCGGCGCUGAUCGUGUGCGUGUUCGCGGGCCUUUCCAUCCUCAUCGCCUGCCUGCUACAGUACUUCUUCAUGAAGUGA